AUGUCUCCCCCCUCUUAUUCUUCCGAUCAAAUGUGCAAGAUGAACUUCAGUCCACUGCGAUCGCCCUCACCAAGAAAACGUUUCGCCGGCCACGAGCGAAACCAGUCAGAAGCCAUCCAACGCCCACGACCCAUCAGCGUGGCAAGCAACUCAGUCAUGGUACAGCACGCAAAGAGAGCUUCAAUAUACGUCUCAGAUGCUUCCAUCUUGCUCCAACAACGCAAUCCCAUUGCCUCGCCCAUGUCACCAACGGACUCGGGCAUGGCCUCGCCAACCAGCGAGUCUGGAGAAGUCACGGAUCACUACGCCAUCCUCGAACUCACACCCGAGGCCACCACGGACGAGAUCAGAGCUGCGUACCGCCGUCUGCGCUCCGUCUACUUUGCCAAUGACGCGAAAAAAUAUCGAGCACUGCAGGCCGGCUUCGACUGUUUGAUGGACCCGGAGGCACGCCAAGCCUACGAUGCAACCUACCAGCCAGUAGCUCCAACUUCGCUCUCCAGCAUUGACGAGAUCGCUCAUGGCGACGAUCCAGCAGUCAUUCCCGAAGAAGAGGAAGAGGAAGAGCAGCAAGUACGGACUGACGACCCUAAUUGGGGCCUUAAACGGUUCCAGCCUAUGCUUGAAUCGGUGCUGGGCUCCGAGCCAUAUUUCUCAUACGUCCCUCUGCCUACGUAUUCGCUGCCUGUGUGUAGGUCGCCCAAGUACGUUGGACAGUUUGCGGUGAACGCGUGGCCCAACUAG